CAGCCUUGCCCGCCUUGCCCGCCUUGCCCCAGGGCCAGGGUCUGUGCCAGGCGUAGGUGCAGGGGGAAGAGGCAGGGUGAGUCAGAGGCCCCACCCCACCUUUACUUGAGGGGCCCCCGCAGCUCUCUGCCACACCGCUGCUGUCCACUGUGCAGCCAUGGCAGGGAGCCAGAAUGUUCCCCACAAGAUCUCACUGCCUGACACUGUCCAUGCGGGGAGUGUGAUGAGAAUUCGGGGCUCUGUCCCUGAGAAUGCCAGCAGGUUCCACGUGAACCUGCUGCUCAGCGAGGGGCAGGACUCGGACGCCGCCCUGCACUUCAACCCGCGGAUGGACGAGGCUGUGGUCGUGUUGAACAGCAAGGCCAGUGGCAAAUGGGGCCGUGAGGAGCGCGGCGCGGGGCUUCCGUUCCAGUGCGGGCAGCCCUUCUUAAUCACCUUUUCUCCCUCCCUGCAGGCGGUGGUCGGGGACGCCGUCUAUCACCACUUCCGCCACCGGCUGCCCACGGCGAAUGUGAGGCUGCUGGAGGUGGCCAGGGACCUCUGA